AUGCCUGCUUUAACCAAGAUCCUCCGUCCUGCCCUUCGCGCGACCUCUCUCGCCGCUCGCCCCGCCGCCCGCCGCGUUGCGGGCGUGCGUAUUGCUCCGCACAAUGCGCGGUGCAUCGCGACGACGCUGCCGCGCCGGCGCCCCGCCGAGGCAGUGGACAUCACGGACAUUCCGCCGACGCCGAUAACACACCUGUCGGAGACGGAGUCGCUGAUGGCGGACUCGGUGUCCAAGUUCGCGAACGAGGUGGUGCUGCCGCGGGUGCGCGAGAUGGACGAGGAGGAGAAGAUGGACCCCGCCAUUGUCGAGCAGUGCUUCGAGCAAGGGCUGAUGGGCGUCGAGAUCCCGGAGGAGUACGGCGGCGCCGGCAUGAACUUUACUGCCGGCAUCGUCGCCAUCGAGGAGCUGGCGCGCGUCGACCCGAGCGUGUCGGUCAUGGUCGACGUGCACAACACGCUGGUCAACACGGCCUUCUUGAAGUACGGCAGCGUGGAAGUCCAGAAGAGGUGGCUGCCCCAGCUGGCCACGGGCACUGUUGGCUCCUUCUGUCUCUCCGAGCCCGUCUCCGGUUCCGACGCAUUCGCCCUAGCGACCAAGGCCGUCAAGACGGACAAGGGCUACCGCAUUUCCGGAAGCAAGAUGUGGAUCACCAACAGCAUGGAGGCCGGCAUCUUCAUCGUGUUUGCGAACCUUGAUCCCAGCAAGGGCUACAAGGGCAUCACUGCCUUCAUUGUUGAGAAGAACGACCCGGGCUUCUCCAUUGCCAAGAAGGAAAAGAAGCUGGGCAUUCGGGCAAGCAGCACCUGUGUCGUCAACUUCGACGAUGUUGAGGUCCCCGCCGAUCGGUUGCUCGGCAAGGAGGGCGAGGGCUACAAGUACGCCAUUGGCCUGCUCAACGAGGGACGCAUCGGCAUUGCUGCACAGAUGACCGGUCUGGCCCUCGGAGCCUGGGAGAACGCCGCGAAAUACGCAUGGAACGAUCGCAAGCAGUUCGGGCAGCUCAUCGGAGAAUUCCAGGGCAUGCAGCACCAGAUGGCACAGGCGUACACGGAGAUCCAGGCCGCACGUGCCCUCGUCUUCAACGCGGCCCGCAAGAAGGAGGCCGGCGAGGAUUUCGUGCGCGACGCCGCCAUGGCCAAGCUCUAUGCGUCGCAGGUUGCCGGCCGUGUGUCCGGUCAGGCCGUCGAGUGGAUGGGAGGCAUGGGCUUCGUGCGCGAGGGUCUGGCCGAGAAGUUCUUCAGGGACAGCAAGAUUGGCGCCAUUUACGAGGGUACGAGCAACAUCCAGCUGACGACCAUCGCGAAGCUGUUGCAGAGGGAGUACACUGCCUGA